UCCAUUGCCGAUGAAGACGUUCAACUUGGUCGUACGCACAUCGAAAACAUAACAUACGCCCGACGAGAGCCUAUACACACGUAAACCGUCAUGAUGAACAGCUUCAAAGUAUUCACCGUGAGUAUAUAUCUGCAAGAUAACAUGUUAUAAUAUUCUCGACGUUUUAACGCGCGAUGCUGUUCUGCAAUCCGUUAAAAUUUAAAUAUUUUUCUCCGUUUCUUAUUUAAAUCUUUACCCGACCGCCGAACGAAUAUUUCGAUACGAAUAUUAUCAUCGUGUCAAGGCUUUUGAACUUUUCUCGUUGACUCUCGAAGGUUAUUAAACAUUCGAUCUUUUAUUAGAGCGGUGGUUCACAUACGUUUUAUCGAUCAUAUUAAUGUAUAAUAUUAACUUGUACGGCAGACUACUGUGUUAUUUAUAUAUGUUCGAAAACUAAAACAUUUUACGAUAGCAUGCGUUCGAUAAUUUUUUUUCCUCCGACCAAUUAUUAAUAUAGACGGUCGUUCGUUGGCUUUCAGCGUUCUGUACGCUUAGAAACGAAAAAAAUUAAAUAAUAAAUAAAACGAGGACGCUAAUUUUUCGUUAUAUUUUGUCGGAUUAUUAAAGACACGCAGACAACUUUCUAAUACCCGAAUGAAUACGUAUCGCGAUAGGAUUUUCGUCAAUGACUUUUUUCCAACACCUAAUCCAAUAUUACGUUUCACAAUAAUAUUGCGCUUUUCGUCGUCACCGCGGACAUCACAAAUGCCAUUUGGCGAAAUCCCUGCUACCCGGCGGUGCGUGUUUGUACCGGUGUACGCGUCCCGGGAUGCGUUAUUUACGCGAAUCCCACUAUUAUAGAUAUUCUGUGUACUUAUUGUUGAACACGAAUACAUUUCGGUCGAGAUUUUAUAAUCGGACAGCGGAACAUCGGGAAUUUGACAUUCCCAAUGAGCGACAUUGUUUUUGUUCGUACAGCGCGUUGUGACCGCGCGGGCCCGAAUAUUUCGAUGGGGUUCAAGGCCCCAUAAUCAUCGGUCAAUAUCAAUUGUGCACUAUCGGUAAAGGCUAAUUUUGCAACUCGGGGCGACUUGACGGAAAUUCGGCCGGACAUCCGGCAUUGCGAAUCUGUGUCUGAUAAUAUUGCGUUGCGAAAACACGAGUCGUUGUCACGAUAAUAUUGUUCUGCGAAAGAAUCGGCGCGAUAAAUUAUUUUCGAUUGUGUUGCUAGAACCGCUGGGCGGAUUGGCAACGCAUUUUGGCACGGGAACACUGUGACGUAACCGAUCGGUGAUCGCGACAAAACUGUAAUCCGUUUUGGCAGGUCGCCUCUGUCGAUUCCGGCCUCGCACGCAGAUACUUUGCUCGUAUAGACAUUUGUGUACAACUCGGGUUUUCAAUAUCGUCCGGGUUGUAGUGCACGGGGAAAUUCCCGGAUUCUCCCGGUCAUAGCCGCUAGCUCGGGGUCCCUGCGGUCGGCCCGCGGGUGAAAAAGCGCGUUUUAAUACAUUUUCGUUUGUUUUCGACAGGCGUUGGCGGCGUUUUGCGUGUGCGGUGCCCUGGCCGCCCCUGCCGGACAGCCCAUUCCCAUACUGAAACAGGUGAACCGGCAGAACGAGGACGGCUCGUACAGCUACGGUUACGAGAGCGCGGACGGCUCUUUCAAAAUCGAGACGAAAUACCCGACCGGUGAGGUGUACGGCAAGUACGGUUACGUGGACGAGGAGACGGGCAAACUGCGGACGGUCGAGUACGGCGCGUCCUCAAGGGGCUUCGAACCGGUGGGCACCGGCAUCACCGUCCCGCCGCCAGUAACGGGCGUCGACUCCAACGACCUGCACCACAACAGGGAACACCAGUCCCAGGACGACUACGACGACGGGCAGUACCGCGAGGACCCCAGCGUGUACUACAAAUCGGAACAGCAACCGUUCCACCAGACGGCCCCGGUCGCCAGGCACCACCAGCCGCAACAGCAGCAGCAGUGGUUCGCCGCGGCCAACGGCGGUCAAAAGGCCAGAUCGGACAACAGGCAGUUCCAGGCCCAUCCGUCCGUGCACAAUUUCGAUCCGAUGUCCGGAUCGUUUUCCAUUUCGUACACGGGAAGGAAAUAGAAUUUAAAAAUAAAAAAAAAAAAAUAUAUCCUCUCGUGAUCUUGCGAACGGAAAAUAGCGUAAUAUUAUAAAUUUUUAUUUUUAUUAUUAUUAUUAUUAUUAUUAUUGAUUAUUAUUAUUAUUUGUAAUUUUUUUUU